AUGUCUUCCCGGAGGCUGACGCCAACCUCCACAAGGGUUCGCCAGAAGAAAUCAUCAGAUAGAGGGGAUCAGGCGCACACACCAAAGCUCUUGUCUCAGCUGCAUUCUGGGGAAUUCAACACGUCAAAGUCUUCUUUGAAGGAUUCACCUAGUCACGGGACGAGAAGAAUGUCCAUGUCGAGCAAUGCAGGGAAGGAACUGGACUCACCUGGAAACUCAGGAGGGAGGAAGACUGCUUCAUCGUCAAGGGUGGAAGAAGUUCUUCGAGAAAGAUUGUCUGACUGCCUUGACCGCAUAACACACCUGACAGAGGAGAACGAUGCUUUGCACGCUCAGCUGCAAGAGAGUGAACAGCUUCACAAGCAUGUCUCGAAGCUUCAUUUUGAUGCACGAGAAGAAGUGAACGAGCUGCUGCAAAAGAUUGCUGCAAAAGCAGAGGCCGACUCACAGAAUUGUCAAGCUCUUGCUGCCUCGUUGGCCGCUGCAAACAGUGCGAAAGAGAGAGCGGAAAGUGAGAGAGAUGAAGCGCUGGAGAAGCUGACCGAGAGUGAAGAGAUGACAAAAGAAACGAUCGAGGAGUUGAAAGAGCUGAACGUCAAGCUCAUCAAUCAGAUUGAGUCCGAAAGGAACAUGAACCAGCAAAAUGUGGAGUCGAUUGAAUCUCAGCUUGCUCGCAUGCACGAACAAUUGAUACAAUCUCAGAAGGAGUGUCUGCUGAUGCAAGAAACAAAGAAAGUGCUGGAGCAGACGGCUCUGCAGGUUAAAGAAGAGCUUAAGUUGGCGAAGGGAAGGGAACAAGAGCUUUCAGAGAGAUCAGACUCGAGGAUUUCAGAAUCAAAUCGAGAGCUGCAGUUGGCGCAAGAAAGCAAGUUGAAAGAAGAAAUCUACCAGCAAGAAUGUCAGCGGCUGAAAAAUGAGAUCGACCAACUGCACAACAAGAUCAGCUCUCGUGAUAGUGUCGACCAAUCUCUACAGCUGGAGCUGAGGUCAAAGGAAAAACAUUGCUUCGAGUUGCAGUCAGAAGUAUCACUUCUUACUCACAAGUACGAUGUUUUGGACCUUUUUGGGACCUUUUUUGUCAUGUCUGCAUGUUUUGCCAUGUUGGAUCAUGCAAGGGAGCGUCUGGUGAAACUUGAAGAGUAUGAGAGGAGCUAUAUCUCAAUCAGCGGAGCCUUUGAGUCGCAGAAGGUACUCUCUGUUGCUGUUGCUUUUGCUGUUGCUUUUGCUGUUGCUGUUGCUUUUGCUGUUGCUGUUGCUGUUGCUGUUGCUGUUGCUUUUGCUGUUGCUGUUGCUGUUGCUUUUGCUGUUGCUGUUGCUGUUGCUGUUGCUGUUGCUUUUGCUGUUGCUGUUGCUUUUGCUGUUGCUGUUGCUGUUGCUGUUGCUGUUGUAUUUGAUCUUGAUUUUGUUCAAAUUCUUGAUCGGUCGUUGCAGGAUGAAAUCUCGACGCUAAGGGACGCCCUUGAGGAGGCUUACCAAAAGACAAAAGGAAGCGUGCGGGAGAAGGAAGAGACUAUCAAGAGGCAGCAGGAAGAGAUUGUUCUGCUCAAGUCUGAGAAACAGCGACUCAACGAGUACCUUGUUCGUCUGCAAAAUAACAACCAGAAGUUGAUUGCUCGAUGUCAAGAACUGGAAGAUUUCUGCAGAGAGCUCGAAGAGACAAAUGAAAAAAUGCAGAAGGAAGCGAAUGAGAAGGAAAAAGAGCUGCAAAAGAGUUUGAGGGCCGUCGAAGAAAACUAUGAGCAGCUCAAGCGGACCCAUUCAGUGGCUAGACAGAAGCUCGAUGAGGCAACAACGCAGGCAGCAGAGGCUGGAGGUCUCCGAAAGGAAGUAGAGAAAUUGAGGAACGCACUCAUCCAAGCUCUUGAGUUCACCGAGAGCGCAAGGAGCGAUGUGUGA